UUCUAAGGAUCCUUGUCAGCAAUCUCAGCUCCACAUGAGUAACAUAAAGCAUGAGAGCUUCUCAUGGUGACAGAUAUAUAUCUGUUGAUUUUCAAAUAGAGUUUCCCAAAUUUCAUGUUCAUUCCAAAACAUCCUGGUCAAUAGUAAUUCCUUGGUUCCACAAAUGUGCAUUGUUCAUCAGGGUGAUACCUUGAUGAUGGAGAUAGUAAGCACCUUUAAACGUCGGUUAGUUUCUACCAGACAACACUACAUAACAUCCAAGAAGUCAGUCUUCUUCAGAUUUGUAAAAUUAACUGUUCCUGUUUAUGAAAUGUAUGUUGGUGUUGAGGCCUGAGUAAAUUGAAUGGUAGUUAACGUUUUUAUCGAUUGUUCCUACAAGAGUGUUAUGUAGUAGUUUUACUACCGCUGCGGAUAGAUGGCGGAACAAGAUAAUUCGGUCAUCACAGGUCGCAUGAGUUUCUGAACCACAGUAACACAAGUACAUUAAUGUUACGCAAUGGCAGAUGGUGAAAGUGUUCCAGUUCUGUGCUGUGAAAGUGAUUCUGCAGAUUCUGAUGAUGAUUCUGAUUGGAAGGAAUUUGAUGUGGAAGAUUACAAUACAGAACAUAUGAGUUGUUUAUUUUGUCCUCAAGUGUAUGAAACAAUAUCUGAAGUACUCUCACAUUGUUACGUUGAUCAUGGUUUUGAUUUGGUAAAGCUGAAAGGUCGUUUUGGUAUGGAUUGCUAUGGUUACAUAAAACUUGUGAAUUACGUUCGUACACAUCAUCCUGAUGCUUCUCUUGUGAUGAGUGUAACAGAACCAGUAUGGGAAAAAGAAGAGUACAUGAAACCAGUAAAGCCUGAUGAUCCAUUGUUGAUGUAUGAUUUUGAUGACAUUGAAUUGCCUUCUCCAAUAACAGUUCCUGAAAUUCCCAGUAAUAGUGCUUUCCAUGUAAAUGCAGAAGAUGGACUUGUUACUCUGACAGAACAACAUUUUGCAGAGUUGCAACGGACAAUUCAGAGCCUAGCGUCUCAAGUAUUGGAGAAAGAUCUUGAAAUAAAUACAUUGAUGGAAAAUAUUGAAAAAAUGCGCUGUGUCACUCAAGAACUGGUGGCAGGGGAAGAAAGUGAGGAAAACUCGUCUUUACCUCAGUGCAUUAAGGCCAUCAAAUUGGAAGGUGAUGAGGGUUAUUUUAAUACGUACUCUCAUUUCAGCAUUCAUCAUGAGAUGUUGUCUGACCAUGUUCGUACAUCAAGCUACAGAGAUGCCUUUAUGCUUAACAGUACACUGUGGAAGGACAGAACAUUUCUGGAUCUAGGCUGUGGCACAGGAAUUCUUUCUAUGUUUGCAGCUUCAGCUGGUGCUCGGAAAGUUAUUGCCAUAGACCAGUCAGAUAUUAUUUACCAUGCUAUUGAUAUAGUCAGGGAAAAUAAGCUGUCAGAUAAGAUCCAGUUAAUAAAAGGUCGCAUAGAAGACACUAAGCUUCCACAAACACAUGUAGAUGUUAUUGUGUCAGAGUGGAUGGGCUACUUCCUUCUCUUCGAGGGAAUGUUGGACAGCCUUGUAUAUGCUCGAGACCAUCACUUGGCUGAAGGAGGGCUGCUUCUUCCAAACAGAUGUUCCAUCAGCUUGGUGGGAUUGGCAGACACAGAUCGCCAUGCAGAACUGGUUGGAUUCUGGACAGAUGUGUAUGGAUAUCGUAUGACUUGUCUUCAGCAUGAGGUGGUUCAAGAAGCAACAAUAGAGGUGGUGCCUCCAGACAAAAUUAUUACAUCACCGUGUUUGUUGACAGAACUGGAUCUCAAUACAUGCUGUACAAAUAGCCUUCAUUUUUCAUCUGAACUGAAACUGGAAGCUAUAGCUGAUGGGUCAAUAACAGCAUUUGUAGGUUACUUUGAUGUGUUUUUUGACCUGGCUCAUCCAGUUUCAUUUUCUACGGGUCCACAUGCAAAACCAACACAUUGGAAACAAACUGUAUUUCUCCUCGAGGAACCCAUAAUUGUCAAACAAGGAGAUGUGUUGACUGGUAGAGUGAUUUGCCAACGUGACAGGAGAGAUGUCCGUGCUCUAAGUGUGACAUUCUUACUUCUUGCCCGAAAACUGAAAUUUAUUCUUAGCUAGUGAUCAGUGAACAUAAUUCCUACUCCUUAUACACCUAGUGCUUUAAUAUUGAAACCAAUAAACAUUUAAAAUUUUGCAGAUGUUAUUGUGUUUAAAAUAAAGAAGCUGUUUGUUACUCCUAAAAGAUUGAUUUGGUAACUGAUAAAACAUUGGCUGAAAGUUGGAAGUUUCAAGAAUUUGUAUUAAUAUAUAGGUUACACUGCAAUAGUGUCAAAUGAAACUGGCUAAAACUUGUAAUUGGCACAAAAUUUUGUUCCAAUGUUUCACAUGAAUAGAUGUAUGGACAGAGUC